UGGGCAAACAUAACCUUGCAUGGAAGGGUUGUGGGUACACGGCUCUUAUAGUAUUUUUAGCCCCUUGCAUUGCUGAUAAUCUCUUCAUGCCAUUGCAUGACCCUGACACUUGCAGCUGUAAAAGCCUUAGUUUGUGUACCUCAGUGAAGGUGGAGCAGAUGCUCUCCAUGUCAGAGACAGUGAAUUGAGAAUGGAGAUUUGCUAAAUUUAUUGCACAGCACCAUUCAUAGAACAUGUGCUGUCUCAUUCCAUUCUCUGGAUAAAGAAGAAUUUCUUUGAACUUUUACUUGUUGGCACGAAAAAAUGAACCGCAACAUGUGACAAAGACAAUGCACGUGAUGGAGAUGGUGCAAGUCAGGAAAGAGCGACCAAACUAUCAUAGUACAACUGAAGUGAUGACAAAGCACGAGAGUGGAGAUCGGGGGUAAACUGAAACUUUCCAGUAUAACGCCUUAAGUGAGUCUCCUUGUCACAAUGAAUACAGAUAGUGGUGGCUAUGCUCGCAAACGUGCCGCUACAUCUGUUAAAUUAGCCUCUGUGAAGAGAGUACAGAGUUCUCCAAACUUGCUGCUGGCUGAAGGUUAUGAAGCACAGGCACCAGAUUCAGAUCUCUGGCGGUCUUAUGGCAUUAAUGACAACCCAAGAGGGGCUCUGAAUGGCGAUGCUCACAGCUCGUCGCUGACAGCCAAAGGUUUCCGCAGCGUCAGGCCAAACCUUUCAUUUCCAGAAAGGAAAACUCCCCCACAGCAGGUUCCUUCUCCACCACCCAGAAAGGAAAGCUUUAACUGGUAUCCAUUAACCAAUCCCAGCAACUCCCAUGCACCCUCUGGUUCAGACCAGGGACCUAUAAAUAGAAGCUGGCCAGCACUCCCAACAUCUAACCUGCAAAUAACCUCCAAUGUUACCUGUGUGACUAAUGAGGAAGAGUAUGUUCAGAGUGCUUCACAUUUGUUUGAACAAUCCAGUACACGUUUCUCGUGUUCACAACAGGCACCAUCUGACCAGGCCUCUACUCUAUGUAAAGUAGUUGACCGUAGCAAUGCCAACGCUUCACUCCAAACAAACUAUGGGCACUUUCAAGAACGUAAAAUUAACACCAUCAAGCUAACUCUAUCAGAACGUCAAAAGGUUGCUAAUUCCUCCAACACAGAACACAAAUCUAUGCCUCACUCUGACGUGAACCCCUCACUUCAUUCACCUUUCCCUGGAGAUAAGACAGAGCCUGAGAGACACACAGCCUCUCUUUCCAUUCAAAUAGUUCCAGCCAGUGUGCAUACAACAGAACAAGGACCCCCACCUGUAUAUGCUGCAGACAGUGGAAGGAAGCCACACAGGGACACGGCACAAGUGCUUAAUGCUCCACCCUGUGCACAGUCCUCAGGGGAUCGUCUGAAUAUGACUGCAGUGGCUCAGUCAGAAGAGAAAAUGGCACCCAAGAUUAAUAAUACUUCACAGGCAUGCAGGCAAAUCUCACCAAGAGUGUCUUCACCUUUACCUCUGGUACCUACUAACCGGAACUUUCUGUCACCGUACACUGGUGUGAGCCCAGAGCAAAGUGUCUUGCCAACUUUUGAUGACUUCAUCCCUCCUCACCUUCAGAAAGCCCUUUCCCCAACCCCAUCAUUGUGCAGCUUUCCUCCCCCACGCUUGAAUGAAUCAUCGCCCCUUGCCACUGAAUGCACUCUGAGUGAAUACUCGUCUCGGACUGUGAGCGAAUCCUCCACAGCCAUUCUAGAUGAGCUGCAAACCUGUGGCUACGACACCACUGACCAUUCUGCCACGCCAUCCCCAACCCUGAGUCAGACGUCCGCAUUAACUGAUGAUAAAGCCACCACCAUCACUGCUGCUCCCAUUCAUAUGGCAGUGAAUGGGAAUUCCAUUACUGACAGUGGAAGCCUGAUGGGUAACUUUCAAGGGUCCUUUUCCCCAUCAUCAGCAUAUCCUUUGUUGGCCUCAGGCAAUCCAAACAUCGUUGCAAUGCAGCACAGCAGAAAGAUGGAGAGUAUGAGGACUUCACAGCAAAGUCGAUCUCCUGGGAUCGAUAUGAUCAGUAUUGAUCCACUUUACAGAACCUCAGAGGAGGAGAAGAAAGUGACAGUAAUUAAAGCACCACAUUAUGCAGGCAUUGGCCCAGUUGAUGAAUCAGGAAUACCUAUAGCCAUAAGAACGACAGUGGAUCGACCCAAAGACUGGUAUAAGACGAUGUUCAAGCAAAUACACAUGGUGCACAAGCCAGAUGAUGAUAACGAUGCAUACAAUGCCACAUAUGCAUAUACUCAUCCUGAUAAUUACAGCUCAUUCACCUCCGUUCAAGCACACCCUCCCCCCAAGACACACACUUAUAGACCUUUAUCAAAAAGUGUCUCGGAUAGUAGUGCUGAAUUCUUGAAGGAUUCUGCUCCUUUACCACCCCCUCCACCUGUUCCACCACCUUCACAUCUGAGGUAUCGAGAAAUGGUCCUUACAGAAAAGAAUGACUGGGAUCCCCCUGACAGAAAAGUUGAUACUCGCAGAUACCGUGCCGAACCAAGAAGCAUAUUCGAGUAUGAGCCAGGAAAGUCAUCCAUUCUGGAGCAAGAGCGGCCGACUUCCUUGUAUAACUCUUCAGUGGAAAGAACCAUAGAUAGACCUACCAGUGCCAGGAGUUCAGCAAGUGACUACAGAAAGAGGCGGAAGUCUGAGCCAGCAGUGAGUCACCAGAGAGCACAGAACGAUCAAGCUGCACAGAAAAGUGGUGACCCACAAGGCUUAAGCAAUGUAAGCAGGAAGUCAUUGACCAGUUCUUCUCCAUCAUCGCCAUCCAGAAUUAAAGGUGGGAAUAAUAACAAAUCAUAUCCACCUCUUCUUAGCUGUGUACUUCAAAACCAGAAUGCUUCUCAUGAGUUAGAUUAUGGUAGCCGCCAUAGCCAGCCUUUGGUGAUUAUUACACCAAGCCCGAAAAGAGCUGUCAUUUUUAAGAACAGCUGGCAGAUGAACCGACAGAACGCAGAAGCUUGGAGUAGCACCGAAGAAGCAACUUCACCUAAGAUCAGGUCUCGAAGCUGCGAUGAUCUGCUGCAAAAUGACUAUGUCCAAGAAGCUCAGACAAAGUCUGAGAGUAUGGUAUCACUGGUUUGUGAUGAACAACCCAAAGACGAGUACUCCAGAGGCUGGCUCUCACCACAUGGCCCUGGAAGUACUCCCUGCCACAGACCACGAAUUCGCCAUAAGUCUGCACACGGUAGCAAAGGGUUCUUGAAAUUGUACAAAAAAAUGCACCAUAUAAACCGCAAAGACUUAUUGAAUCCAGAAGUGAUCUGCUCAGUCAAAUCCAGGAUUUUACAGUAUGAACAGGAGCAGCACAAAGACAACUUUCCAGAUUGGAAAGAAUUGUCCGAUGAGGUGCCGAGGGAUAUGGUACCAACUAGGAUCUCUGAAUUUGAAAAACUCAUUCAGAAGUCAAAGUCCAUGCCUAAUCUUGAGGGGAUUUUAUCCGAUAACUGCUUUACAAUUCCAAAGAAAGCAGCCUGCCCAAGACGGCGCCUAUCUAUUGAAUCUCUAUUAGACGAGGAAAACCAUGGCAGAAAGAUCUCUAUGCUGCAGCAGCAGUUUUAUUCAUCAAAAUCUAUUGUGCCAAUUCAUAUUAAAGUGACCAACGAACAUCAACAAAGAAUGGCAUCCCAGUUUGAAUAUACUGAGGUGGACAGCGAUCACGAAGCUGUGGUAUCAGACCUCAGUGAUUUCAUUCAGAUUGAAGGUUCUUCCUUCUGCAGUGAAAGUGACUUUGACCAUUUCUCUUUUACAUCUUCCGAAAGUUUCUAUGGCUCAAGCCAUCAUCUCCAUAACCAUAAACAUUACCUUAGUUCCUGCAAAGGGAGGUGUCCAGCUUCCUACACGAGGUUUACAACAAUGCUCAAGCACGAAAGGGCGAAACAGGAACAAAAAACAACUUCGAAAAAGCCAGAACCUGAAUCCAACCUUUCAAAGCUAGCAUUCCUCGUCAGUCCAGUGCCUUUCAGAAGGAAAAAGGGCUCAAAUCCUCAAAAAAAACCCGAAAAGUCAAAAUCUAAAUCAUCUGUGUUUGAAGCAUUGGAUUCUGCUUUGAAAGACAUCUAUGAUCACAUUAAAGCAGAAAAAAGGCGAGGCAGUUUACCAGAUAACAGCAUAUUACACAGACUUAUAACAGAGCUGCUUCCAGACAUCCCUGAAAGGAAUUCAUCCCUCAAGGUCCUAAGGAAGAAAAGUAGUCCGCAGCCUUCCCAUCAGCAACCAGAGGACAUAAACUUUUCCUUGUACCAGUCUGAUUGUGAAAAGUGUCCUUUUAGUGCCUCUUAUCAAGAUAUGGACACCAACAACAACCCAGAGAAUGAUUACACUUUGUGCUACCAAGUGAUGACCAAGGUACUCAUAUUACUUUCAUAUGUCCAGCACCAGCAGUUUCACGUAGUUAGGCACAAGGCCAAAACAGAUCUCAACGAUCAGGAAUCUCCUAGGUAUAUUUCUGAGAUGGGUCGAUAUACACCAAGGAAUCAAAGGGAAACGCCAGAUGAAAUAUGUAGGCGCUUGGAACAAAGAGAGAGACAGCCUGCUAAGGCAAUAUAUGACUUUAAAGCUCAAACCGCAAAGGAAUUGCCAUUCAAGAAAGGAGACAUUGUCUACAUUCUCAGGCAGAUAGAUCAAAAUUGGUUUGAGGGCGAGCACCACGGAGCUGUUGGGAUAUUCCCCAUUUCAUAUGUUGAGAAGGUGCCCCCAAUGGAAAAGGCACAGCCUGCAAGACCUCCUCCACCAGCAGAAAUUCGGGAGUUUGGUGAAGCUAUUGCAAAAUAUAACUUUACAGCAGAUACCAACGUGGAGCUUUCCCUGAGGAAGGGUGAACGAAUCAAACUUGUCAGGCGGGUAGAUCAAAACUGGUAUGAAGGAAGGAUCCCUGGAACAAACCGGCAAGGUAUCUUUCCGAUAACCUAUGUAGAUGUACUCAAGAAACCUCAGCUUAAGAGUGCUGCAGAGUUCUCCGGUCCUCCUCUGCCUCAUAGCUAUUCCAGCGAUAGGAUCCAUACAUUGGGAUCCACAAAGCCCCAACGACCAGCCUUUAUGCAUGAUGAUUUGCAGUCUGGGGGAGAGCCGUACCAAGCUAUGUAUAAUUACAAUCCUCGAAAUGAAGACGAGUUAGAGCUCAAAGAAGGCGAUAUUGUUGAUGUCAUGGAGAAGUGUGAUGAUGGAUGGUUUGUUGGAACUUCUCGGCGAUCGAAGUUAUUUGGUACCUUUCCAGGAAACUACGUGAAGCGACUAUAAAAUUUUAUACAAAUUUGUAUCUGCAGUGCAUUGGUUGAGCACAAUAUCUACAACAGUUAUUAAAUGAAAUUUCAGUCUGCAGAUACUCGAACAUAGCCUCUGUGACAGUUGUGUGAUUGACUACAGCUAAGAAGCAUCGCAUCAUUUUAGCACCAUCUUCUGCCAAGAAAUAGGAAUAGCUUUAAAGCAUCGAUCAUGCUGUCUGAAGACUGAUCUGUCUUUCCUUCUUGUCUUGAGAGAAAUUAUUUUAUAAUUAUUAUUAUAGCAAAUCUCAUUUGCUCACUUUUUGUCCAUGCAUGCAGUAGUGAUGCCUAUUUAUUCUCAUUGGUACAGAAGCUCACAAUGGUCUGUCACUAACAUUUAUUAUUAAUGAUUUUGUCAAAUAGAGGAAAAUAUAUAUACGUAUAUAUAUAUAUAUAAAAACACACACAAUAUGUUCAGUGUGUAGUCUUCAAUAAAUCAUACAGCUAUGAUAAUUGCCCAGAAUAGGUGCCCCUGUUCAUUCACUUUUUUUUUGUGCUGAGGAAUAUAUGGUACAAUUAAAUAAUAAUUUACAUUUCCUAGAGAUUGUUUUGAAAAUGUUGAUUUAGUAAUCUCACCCGGAGACAAACUCUCAAAGGAUCAUUGAUUCUAGUCAUGCAGUACUCUUAAUGGUCAUAUUUCUGAAGUCCUUAGGCACUUUUGAGUUAGCAAGCCUAGGUUGUUGUAUUAACAUCAGUGACCAUUAAAACUCAGCAGUUCUGAAGAACUGAGACAUGUAAUUGUUUUACUUAAUGAGAGUUUAAAAGUAUAUUCAGCCCAGCAACUGCAGAGGUGUGGGCAAGUUUUGUCACUGUAUGGUGCAUCCACACUGAAGUGCUAUUGAUGUGUAUCUUUUUUAAAAUGGUUUUGGAAUCAGAAGCAUCAUUCAACGUUGAAUGCCACUUGCCCCAGUGAAAUGGAAAUGCCUUCGCUUUCCUGCUUAAUUAUCUAUUCAAAGCUCCUGAAAAGAAUCUCUUGUACAAUUUGUUUAUAAGUUUGAAUAGCAGAAUAACUUCCUUCUAAUAUAUAUGAUUUUCUGGAGAAAGGUUUUAGUAAAAUUUACUCAAGUUGACGCCAUAUUACGUCCAUGAUUUUUUUAAAUACAAAAUUGAGUAAGAUAUACCAUGUAAUAAAAAGAUCACCAAGUAUUACUGCCAUGUUUAUUUUUCAACACACACAGACGAGGAAUGGUUGGCGCUGCAGCACCUUAGUUUUUAAGAAAAAGUGUGACUUUUCUUUCGUAAAUGCUUGAAUUUACCACAGUGUAUUCAGUCUAGCAUUUUGUAUAUAUGUCUGCUGUACAGUUAUUUAGUCAUCAAUUCACUACUUUUCACAUGUUUUCAUAGGCCUGUCAUCUCCCCUACUCCCCCUUUUUACUAACGGCCUCUUGUGCGCACGUUGCAAGAACAUUUAGAUGGUGCAAAUGUAUAUGAUAGUAUUUUAUUGCAGAAUUUUGCAAUUUAUACUUCAACAAAAUAGUGUUACCAGCAAAAAAAAACUAAUUACAUAUGUCUUUAUACUGUAAUUGUUAACAGUAGGAAAUGAGGAAAAAUGUCUGGACAGGUUCAAUGAUACCCUUUUACAAUACCUUUGUUACACCAAAAUUUGAGGUCGUAAAAGCUACGUAAUUCUGAAGCUUCGAAUUUUUGGACUUAGUCAGCUGCAUGCAGCACUGGUGUGAAUUAAAAUUCUUUACUGUCAUUUUAUGAUGAAAAUUACAAUAUUUGUUGCCUGUAAGAUGAAAACUCUUUAUAUUCUCUGUAAUUGAUUUUAAAGAUUUCUUUCACAACUGACAUCAGUUAAUUGACUUUGAUGCAGCAAGAUUCUUACAGAGAAAAACUUUUUGUGUUUUUGUGAAUUCCAACCCCUAAUAAAUUUUGCCUGAAUUAAA